AUGAGACAGAUAAAUCAGACACAGGUGACAGAAUUCCUCCUUCUGGGACUCUCCAAUGGCCCGCACAUCCAGCAGCUGCUAUUUAUCUUAUUCCUGGGUGUCUACCUGGUCACUGUGCUUGGAAAUCUGCUUCUCAUGUCCCUUGUUCAUAUUGACUCCCGGCUUCACGCACCCAUGUAUUUUUUUCUCUGCAACUUGUCUCUGGCUGACCUCUGUUUCUCUACCAACAUAGUUCCUCAGGCACUAGUCCACCUGCUUUCCAGGAAGAAGGUCAUUUCAUUCACACACUGUGCAGCUCAACUUCUCUUUUUCCUCAUUUUUGGGUGUACACAGUGUGCCCUUCUGGCAGUGAUGUCCUAUGAUCGCUAUGUGGCAAUUUGCUAUCCUCUGCAUUACCCUAGCAUCAUGACCUGGAAAGUGUGUGUCCAGCUGGCCACAGGAUCAUGGACAAGUGGCAUUCUGGUGUCUGUGGUAGACACCACCUUCACACUGAGGCUACCCUACCAAGGCAGUAAUAGUAUUGCUCAUUUCUUUUGUGAGGCCCCUGCAUUAUUGAUCUUGGCAUCCACAGACACCCACACAUCAGAGAUGGCCAUUUUUCUUACGGGGGUCGUGAUUCUCCUCAUACCUGUAUUUCUAAUUCUGGUAUCCUGCCAUAUCAUAGUAACUGUGGUCAAGAUGAAGUCAACUGUGGGGAGUCUCAAGGCAUUUUCUACCUGUGGCUCCCACCUAAUGGUGGUCAUACUUUUUAAUGGAUCAGCAAUUGUCACUUACAUGACACCCAAGUCUUCCAAACAGCAGGAAAAAUUGGUGUCUGUUUUCUAUGCAAUGGUGACUCCCAUGCUUAAUCCCCUCAUCUAUGGCCUGAGAAACAAGGAUGUGAAGGGAGCUCUGAGGAAAGUAGCCACAAGAAAUUUCCCAUGCAAGCUUGGAAUCUCACACUAA